CUACAUGUGCCAAGAAUUCUUGGUCAUUCACUGAUACUCAGGUUAAAAAAAAAGUGCAAGACAAUUUAUCACUCCUAUAUAUUCAAACUUCUGCAAGUCAUUAAUCCAAGAGUAUCAGGUCACUCUGAAAGUUAUGUGUUCUGGCUGGGAACUAUACGUUAGCAAGUGCUGCAAAUAAAUCUCACACAUUGCAGUGAUGCUGAUAAUUUAAACUGAAACAACUUACUUAGGGACUCAAUUUGUAUUUAAUCCCAAAAUUCUGAAUAAAUAAAGAGUUGUUUCACAGUGAGUGCUUUCACAGCUGGACUAUUUCAGUAGUUAUCACUCAGUCUCUGUUUUCAUACUUAAUUUUUACACCCUAUAAAACAGUAUGUCUUUAUUUGAAUUGUUUAUUCAAAAUGCAUUAAUUUUGUCAAGUCUUUGUUUCUGUACUCAGCUCUACUUUUCAUGGGUGGGUGUAGUUAUAUUUCUUCACAAACCUGUUUCAGCUCAUGCUAGAAAACUCCUCCUCUGUCAUGGAGAGGAGGAGAAUGUGCAACAAAAACAACUACCUGCUGAAAUCGUCUGUCACAGACAAAUUACUACAACUCUUUGGAGCACUCUCCAUUCCUCCUUGAAGAGAUCGACACAGCUUCAUCAUGUCGGCCUGUUGUAGACAUGUUCUGGGUUUGCUCUUAUCCAUCAUUGGCUUUUUAGGGACGAUCUUCAUCUGCGCACUGCCGUUGUGGAAAGUCUCAACCUUCAUUGGUUCAAGCAUCACCACUUCUCAGAUCCACUUUGUGGGUCUGUGGGUGACGUGUGUGAUAAGGAGUACAGGCAAGAUGCAGUGCAAAUCCUACAAUUCUAUACAGGACUUACCUAAAGACCUGCAGGGUGCCAGAGUGCUCAUCGUUUUUGCUAUCAUCAUCCAGUUCUGUGGGAUUCUUCUUAGCGUGGUUGGGAGCAAAUGCAUCACCUUUGUGCCAAACAAAUGGCAAAAGACCAAAGUGGUUAUAGCUUCCGGAGUUUUGUUUAUUAUUGCAGGUUUCUUGGUGGCCCUACCAGUCAGCUCAUGUUGGAUCAACCUCACCAUUAGUAUGAAUUCCAACAGCCUUUUCCUGGACAACGUUGAUACAGUGGAGCCGGGAGCCGUACUCUACAUCGGCUGGGCCCCUGCAGGACUGCUGUAUCUGGGAGGAGGCCUCCUCUGCUGCUCCUUUUCCUCCAGGAAUGAGACUGAAUAUGAGGUUGGAUACUCCAGGGCUGAGUCUGUGGAAGCAAGAUAA